AUGUCUACUCUGUCUCAGUGGUGCUUCGUGUGGGACUUCAGGAGGUUACAGGAGGAUCCUCCAGCCGAAGUCAGUGGGGCUCAGUCCAAGAACAUAAUGGUUUGGGAUGCGGUCAUUUUGGGGCCUGAAGGGAUCUCGUUUGAGGAUAGACAAUGUAAGCUUUCAAUGGAAUUCACUGAGGUAUGCCCAAAUAAACCACCUACAAUUGGAUUUGUCUCUAAGAUGUUGCAUCUGAAUGUCUAUACAGAGAGUAGUAUAUGUCUGGACAUACUUCAGAAUCAUUGGAGUCUGACUUAUGAUGUGUCUUCCACUUUAACAUCCUCACAGUCUCUGUUGGAUAAUCCCAGUCCCAACAGUCCAGCCAGCAGCCAGGCCGCUACGCUGUACCAGGAGAACAAGAAGGGAUAUGAAAAACGUGUUUCUGUGACAGUAGAGCAGACCUAG